GCCGGAUGAAAGCCAAGAAAAUUCAAUUCCUCUCGCGGAUGGCGACGUCCGACCAGCCCGCCGAGGCGACGACGAUGACCAAGCGCAAAGCCGGCGCCAAGGAGGCCGAGCCAGCUACCGACACUGCGGAGGCCAAGGCGACGGCCAAGCUGCCGGGCAAGAUCCAGCAACGCAAGGACCUCGGCACCAAGGCAUCGGGCGCGCCCAAGUUGAGCCUCCGCUUCAUCUUGAUCCCGAUCCUCGUCGCAUGCGCGGUCGCCUUUUGGAAGGUCAAGUUCCAGGGCGUGAAGCUCAACCCGCGCGUGCUCCUCGAUGCGGCCAAGCAGAGUGUCGGCUACUCGGCGCACGAGUACGAAGACCUUUUUGCGCCCGUCGGCAACAAGUACGCAAGCGACAUUGUGCACAUCCAGACGCGCAAGUUGCUCACGCCUGACGCGACGUGCGGCAUCCCGACCGUCGUGACGCCCGAGCCCGUCCAUGUGGACGUGGCCUUGGGCCACGCUGCGACCCUACGUGCAACAGGCAACGUCUUCAUUGCGCUCAACGGCCGCGACGACGGCGUCCUCGUCCAGUGGCAGCCUAAAGACGGCUGCUUGUACGAGCUCGCCGCGGCCGCCGCCACCGCGCUCGGAAGCGACCCCGACUACUUUCCCAACGGCCUCCGCUUCUACAAUAGCAUGGGCGAACCGAUCACGACCGCGGCCGAGGUCGACGCCGACCGACUCGUGUACGUUCUCGUUGACUUUCAGAUCUGGGUUUGGCCCGGUAUCAAGGUCGGGUACACGCGCAACAUUGACGGCGUCUCGCUCAAGACGAUCUCGCUCUCGCCGCUCGUCUUUGACGUCGAGGCCUUCUUUGAUGGGAAGGAAGCCGACGCGAUCAUUGCCGAGGGUAUGAACAAGCUCCAGCGGUCGCCCGUCGACAGCAAGGACGCGACGGACGGGUACCACUCGGACCGCACCAGCUACACGGCGUUCUUGGACGACUCGGCGUUCACUCGCGACUUUCGCCGGCGCACGGCCGCGCUCGCGCGGCUUCCGAGCCCGGCGCUCUCGGAGCGUCUCCAGCUCGUGCGCUACGAAGCCGGCCAGUUCUUCCGCAAACACGAAGACUACUUUGACUCGAAGGACUUUCUCGGCAAGAAGAACUUGGCGGUCGCCGACUACAAGACGUGGUGUGAAUGGGCCGCGGCCGCGAUCGAGAACCUCCCGGCGGAUGCGGGCUUGGACCCAGCCUUUCAACGCGACGGGCCCAUGUUCCCGAACGCAGAGGACACGAUGACGUGGCAGCACAGCGUGCUGCAGGCGUUUUUGGACGACGCGGCCGCCACCGACUUUUUCACCGAGCACGCCGAUGUCGAGUGGGGCGAGUGGAUCAAAGAGAACGUUGCGAACCGCGCGAACGGCAUCGUUGAGAUCCUCCUCGAGAGCCGCGGGUACAUGCUGCCGCAUAUCGUUGCGUCAUGGGAGAAGCGGGCGGCGCUCCCUGCUCUUCACUACACCGCGCCCAAGCCGCCCGUCAGCGGUGUCUCGCACUACUUUCGCUGGAUUCGGUGGACCAAGGAGCGCAUUCAAGACCUCGGUGCCGAUGCCCCCGCCGACGUCCAGCCCACGGGGGCCAACUACCCGACGUACCGUACGACGUUUGAAAAGAAGCUCGUCAAGUUUGUGCUGGAGGACCAUACACUCGAAGAGUUGGCGGCGAUUGUCGGCCUCGAGUGGGCCGAGUGGCUCCAGACCAACCAAGACGCCGAGAACGUCUUGAUUGAUGCCGCCCGCAACAGCGUCACGUUCUUUGAACUCGCCGUGAACGCAUGGACCAAGCGCGCCGGCGAUGCCUUCCGCUACACGAUUCCGACGCAUUUGCGCCACUUUGAGCCGAAUCGGUUCGUGACGCUCUUCUUGUACCUUAACGACGUGGACGAGGGCGGCGAGACGGUGUUUCCGUACUCGAAGGAGCGCCUCGUGACGGGUAUCAAGCGCUCGGGCAUGGACGAGUGCUCCGAGGGCCUCGCGGUGCCGCCGCUCAAGCUGCACGCGAGUCUCUUUUACGCCCAAACGCCCGACAACCAUGUCGACCCCAAGAGCCUUCAUGGCGGGUGCCCGCCCGCCCAAGGCGUCAAGUUUGGCGCCAAUUCGUUUACGUGGAACGCCGAUGCGGACGAAGGCUCGCAGGCGUGGGGCUUUGGCGGCUGAGUGUGCCUCGUGUAGAUCAAUUGCUCAAUUCUUUUUCAACACAAAAGAAAGUCGUCCACGUUAUCACCAGAA